AUGACCACAGUACUCCUUACAGGGAUUGAACUCAGGGCCUUGCAAGGCUACGUGACCCAUGUCCCCUGUUGUUUUAGUUUGCUUUUCAAACAAGGCCUCGUACUUUUGCCUGUGAUGGCUUCAGACAGUGAUCUUUCUACCUCAACCUCCAAAAGAGAUAAGGAUGGCAGCAAGGUGACCACAGUGGUGGCAACUCCUGGGCAGGGUCCAGAUAGGCCACAAGAAGUCAGCUAUACAGAUACUAAAGUGAUUGGAAAUGGAUCAUUUGGUGUGGUGUAUCAAGCCAAACUUUGUGAUUCAGGAGAAUUGGUUGCCAUCAAGAAAGUAUUACAGGACAAGAGAUUUAAGAACCGAGAGCUCCAGAUCAUGAGAAAGCUAGAUCACUGUAACAUAGUCCGAUUGCGUUAUUUCUUCUACUCAAGCGGUGAGAAGAAAGAUGAGGUCUACCUUAAUCUGGUGCUGGACUAUGUUCCGGAAACAGUGUACAGAGUUGCCAGACACUAUAGUCGAGCCAAACAAACACUCCCUGUGAUCUAUGUCAAGGUCCUGGGAACACCAACAAGGGAGCAAAUUAGAGAAAUGAACCCAAAUUAUACAGAAUUCAAAUUCCCUCAAAUUAAGGCACAUCCUUGGACAAAGGUCUUCCGACCCCGAACUCCACCAGAAGCAAUUGCACUGUGUAGCCGUCUACUGGAGUAUACACCAACUGCCCGAUUGACACCACUAGAGGCUUGUGCACAUUCAUUUUUUGAUGAAUUACGGGACCCAAAUGUCAAACUACCAAAUGGGCGAGACACACCUGCACUCUUCAACUUCACUACUCAAGAUGCUAAUGCUGGAGACCGUGGGCAGACCAAUAACGCCGCUUCUGCAUCAGCUUCCAACUCCACCUGAGUAGUCCGGAGCAGCCAGCUGCACAGGAAAAACCACCAGUUACUUGAGUGUCACUCAGCAACACUGGUCACGUUUGGAAAGAAAAUUAAAAAGAGGAAAAAAAACCUGUUCAUUUUAGUGUUCAAUUUUUUUUUAUUAUUGUUGUUCUUAUUUAACCUUGUAAAAUACCUAUA